UGUAACUUUCAUUUCCUGAUCAGCAAGGGUCAUACUCAUGAGAAGAGAUAGUUAAGUAUCCAGUUUACGAAGCUGAAACGUCUUCAAACAUACACCCCGUUGAACAUAAAUGAUGUUACGGACGCUGUGUCGGACCGGCGGGGCCCUCCUACAGCAAACCCAGCGCACAGUGCCAAAGUUAUGGAUUACACCAGCCCAGCAGCGAUGGGCAUCCAGCCUUCCCAUGAACACUGUGGUUCUCUUCGUACCCCAACAGGAAGCCUGGGUGGUUGAGAGAAUGGGGCGCUUCCAUCGAAUCUUAGAGCCGGGUUUAAACUUCCUUAUACCCUUACUUGACCGAAUUCGCUAUGUGCAAAGUCUCAAAGAGAUUGUAAUUGAUGUUCCAGAGCAGUCUGCCGUGUCUUUGGAUAACGUAACACUACAGAUUGAUGGAGUGCUUUACCUAAGGAUCUUAGACCCUUUUAAGGCCAGUUAUGGUGUGGAGGAUCCAGAAUAUGCAGUAACACAAUUGGCGCAAACCACUAUGAGGUCAGAAUUGGGCAAACUCACGCUGGAUAAGGUGUUCAGGGAAAGGGAGUCCCUAAAUUCUAACAUCGUCCACUCGAUCAACCAAGCUUCAGAUGAGUGGGGGAUCCGGUGUCUCCGUUAUGAAAUCAAAGAUAUACAUGUUCCACCGCGUGUCAAAGAGUCCAUGCAGAUGCAGGUAGAGGCUGAAAGGAAGAAGAGAGCCACAGUGCUGGAGUCUGAAGGGACAAGGGAAGCAGCCAUUAACGUUGCAGAAGGUCGUAAACAAGCUCAGAUUUUGGCAUCAGAGGGACAAAAGGCUGAACAGAUCAACAAAGCAGCUGGUGAGGCCCAAGCUGUCUUAGCAAAAGCAGAGGCAAAGGCGAAGGCUAUUCGUAUGCUGUCAGAAGCUCUGACUGAGCAUAAUGGGAAUGCAGCGGCCUCUUUGAGUGUGGCUGAACAAUACGUGUCUGCUUUCUCCAACCUUGCCAAAGAGUCCAACACUAUCCUUCUGCCCUCUAAUACCGGAGACAUUAGCGGAAUGGUCACACAGGCUAUGACCAUUUACAGCACAUUGGCAAAGACGAGCCCGAAAGCAGUGCCAGAAGUGGUGGAGAAGAGUGAAGAGCAUGAGAAUCAGUCUACAUCAAUGCAAUAACAGCAACUCAGUGAAUGAACUCAAAGCAGUAAAAUGACAGAACAAGGAGAAGCAGAUUAUGUUUGAGUUAUAAGGGCCUAAAGGCAUUGCUGUGUGUGCAGAGUUCACAUACCUUCUGCAAGCAGGAAAACAAAGAAACUUUAUAAACUGCUGGGAUGUUUUGCCUCACUGUGCUGGGUAAAUCACAUCUCUUGAAAGAGGACAAUCCAGAUCUUCACUUACCAUUGUUUGUGUUCCGGGUUGUAAAAUGGGAAAUUUAGCACCAGCCUUUAGCUAAAUAAAUUCACACUCUAGAUUUUAGAAGGCAACCGAAAUGGUGAAUUUGAAGGGAUUUAAUAGCGACUCUGGCCAACUGAUAUUGUAAGCCAUGGAUAUUGCGCAAAGAUGAUUUCUUAGAAUAGAGUGAUUGUAUUUGCGCAAUGUAUGACCCAGGGUUUCUGUAUUCCUGCAUAAACCCUUGGUGUAACCUCAUGGAUUUGAUUUUGAUGGCUCAGCUAAAAAAUUAGAAUAAAAUACAUGAUUAUGUUUAGUGCUUUCUCUUUCCGCAAUCUGUUCUGAAGGGCUGGUCCAAAUAGUUGUCUUCAAAUUCUUUAGGUAUUUUACUAUUGAUGUGGUUAUAGGACAUAGCUCUGGUAAGUCACUUGCUUAGAAUCUGCUAGUUUACAGACAUCAAGGACAAGUCUUCCAGCUGUCCUCGGCUUCAGUGGGACCAACAACUUCAUGUUGCUACGUAUGAUGUCUGUGUAAGCUUCAGAAUUGAGAAUUUCCUGAAGUGUACUUUUUCAUAACUUCACCCUUUUAAGAUUAAUAUGUCAUUUCCCUGAAGAACCUUAUCAAAUACCUGUUUCAGAAAAAGCGUUGAGCAGAGGACAGCUCUGAAUUUAUUCAGAAAUCCUAUUUCUUCACAAGUAUGACUCAGCCCUAGCAGAAAAUAUUCCACCCUGUUUGUUUUUACCCCAUAUUGUUUGUAUUUAAGUUUUGUGGUUCUCUGCAGUGACAGAUUUGCCAAUUUCACUGAUGCCUACGGGUUUAUUAAAAUGAAAUGUAGAAGUGAAACUGGCACUGUGGUACUUGACAGGGAGCAGAGUUUGGAGUUUACAUUUUGAUGGAAAAGACUAUUGUAAAGCACUUCUCUUGAAAAAAUAUUUAAAAAGAUUUAUUUGUAAGCAAAAGUUUAUGAAAACAACUGGACUUUGGAAUCCCUGGCCUAUGUUGAUAUUACACUGGCAAUAUGAUUUGAAAAACGACCUUUAAGUUGGCCAACAUGUUUUAGGUUACUGUUCACUGCUGUUCAGCAAUGUUAAUUGACAUUAAAUAAAAACAAUAACAAAACAAA